AUGAUACAACGUCCAACUAACUCAUUAGCCAUAUCAUUAUUUAAUGUAUACAAAUCAAACAGAUCCUUAUUUUUGAACACUGCUUAUAUAAUUCUAUUGACAGCGGCAUUCUCAAGAGCUACAAAUACUGGUGAUCCGGAAUCUAAAAAAUCAAGAAGUUCAGCUACAACCGGAACAUCAUCAGAAAUAGAUGAAAAGAAGCAUCCAAAGAUAUCUAAAGAAUCCUUUCGAAGAUUAGCUAAAGCAGUUGUUCCAUCUAUUUUUGACUCAACUAUUUUGCACUUAACAUGUCAUACUGUGCUUUUGGUGCUACGUGCUUUAUUAACCAUUAGAGUUGCUAAUUUAGAUGGUCAAUUAGUUGGCGCUUUAGUAUCAAAGAAAUUAAGGCGGUUUUCAAAACUUCUUUUGUUUUGGAUGUUUUUGGGUAUUCCAGCUUCUGUAGUUAAUGGAUUAUUAUCUUUAACAAAGCAGAAGUUAACUAGAUCGAUUAGGAUAAAUAUUACUAAUAGUAUUAUGAAUGAUUAUCUACCUGAUAAUUUGGAUGCUAAUUAUUAUUCAUUAAUUCAUUUAUCGCAAGGCAAAAUUAAAGAUCCAAACCAAAGAAUUUCUACUGAUGUGGCAAGAUUGAGUUAUGCAUUAAGUAGCUUACCUGGUCAAUUGCUAAAGCCUACUUUGGAUUUACUUCUUUGUGCUCGUGAAUUAAGUAAAAGUGGUGUAGGAAAUGGUGAAGGUACAUUAGUUCUUGGUAUGUUAGCACAUUUCUCCACUAGUAUUUUGAGAUUUUUCUCUCCUCCAUUUGCGAAGUUAGCAUCUGAAAAGGCAAACUUAGAGGGCCAAUUAAGAUCUUCUCAUGCAAAAAUUGUUGGUAAUAAUGAAGAAAUCGCCUUUUUGAGAGGUCACCAACGUGAAUUGGAUUAUAUUGACUAUUGUUAUUAUACAUUGGAAAGAUUUCUUAAGAAUGAAUAUUGGAAGAAAGCUAUUCACGAAAUUGCGCAGACAUUUAUUGUUAAAUAUCUUUGGGGGGCAGCUGGUCUAGUAUUAUGUUCAGCUCCUAUAUUUAUUAACAAAUAUAUGGGAUAUGAGCCAAAUCCAAACCAUGCUGGUGAUUUCAUUACUAAUCGGAGAUUAUUGAUGAGUGCUUCAGAUUCAAUAGAUAGAUUGAUUUAUUCUAGAAGAUAUUUAUUGCAAAUUGUGGGUCAUGCCACUAGGGUUUCUGAUUUUCAAGAUGUAUUACAUACAAUAAAGAAUCAAAAGUCUUCUAAUGAAAAUGUUAUUAGAAAUGAUGAUGAAAUAACAUUUGAUAAUGUUAAUCUAUUAACUCCUGCCGAUGUUACAUUAAUUGAAAGUUUGAGUUUCUCUUUAAAAACAGGAGAUCAUUUGUUAAUUGCAGGUCCCAAUGGUUCUGGUAAAUCUUCACUUUUCAGAAUGCUAGGUGGUUUGUGGCCAUGUAAGAUUGGAACAAUCACAAUCCCUAAUUCAGAAAAUAUGUUUUAUUUACCACAGAGAGCCUAUUUGACAGCAGGUACUUUGAAAGAGCAAAUUAUUUACCCUCAUUCUUUGAAGCAAUGUAAGAAAUCAGAUGCGGAAUUAAUUGAUAUAUUAAAAGUUUUGAAAUUAAAUGACUACAUUGAUAAUUUGAAUGAAGAAAAAUCUUGGGAUGAAGAACUAUCCACUGGUGCCCAACAAAGAUUAGCUAUGGCAAGAUUAUAUUAUCAUCAGCCAAGGUUUGCAGUGUUGGAUGAAUGUACAUCUGCUGUAGCCCCUGAUAUGGAGCAAUUUAUGUACGAACACGCUCAGAACUUAGGUAUUACAGUUCUAUCAGUAGCUCAUAGACCUGCUUUAUGGCACUUUCAUAAGUAUUUAUUGAAGUUUGAUGGAAAGGGAAAUUAUUAUUUUGGUAAAUUGGAUGCUGAAAAGAGAUUGAAAUUCGAACAAGAAAGGUUAUUGCUUGACAAAUCUUUGAGAGAUAUUCCUAUAUUGAAGGAAAGAUUGAGUGAAUUGAAAAAAGUUUCUAAUGCACAACAUAAAAAAUAUGGUAUUAAAUAG